CCUAGGGACCAACUUGCAGGAAGGAACACUUUGACGCCUCAUUGGUGUUUAUGUGCAACUUUCGGAGUACGACUGACAAUUCCAUCUAAAGGGAAUUUCUUGGAGUGGAGUAGAGAAGUGAGAGGGGAGGUCCUCUCGCGUUUUCGCGACCAGAUGUGUGAGGAGGGGUACAAACACAAGCAGAAACACACACCGAUCAAGCUGGCAGCACAGACCUUCCAGUGGACAUCUUUAACAAUUAGCAACUAAUGAAUGUGAUACCAAGCAAACUGAGAGCAGCUGUUGAGCCUUACAUAGGUGAGAGGUUCCAGUUUUGACCUUCGACUCAACUGACUUGCCAAAGACCAAAAGACGCAGCGACUUGUGACACAUCGAGGAAUGGCUUUGGGGUCAUCACGGGUCAUCUACUGUCAACGAGAUGUCAGCACAGCCAACUUGGUGGAGUAGAAGUUUACAUGUGACGACAUACGUGAAGGCAGACUGUUAGUGGACGGGCCUGGGAUCUGCGCGGCUCCUCUGCUUUCUGCCGAGUGACACUCUGCUUAGCGCUGCCUGCACGUCUCAGCGCCCGUCUACGCAGCCGAGAGAGAUAAGCAGAGGCAGAGACUCCGCUCGUCAUGAGACUUUUCCUCAUACGCACGCCACAUCAGAACUCUUGAGGUCUGAUUUGCUGGGCUGCCAGAGAUCAUCGGCGCAAAAUGAAAGUCAAGAGAUGAGCCUGCAGCAAGCAGCCCGGUCCUUGCACUUCCUGCCCGUGGACGUUUGCUGAUUCAUGCAACCCAAAAGACGAUGCCUCUGUCACCCAGACACCUCAUCUGAGAAGCUGACCUUCAAAGCACUCAUUGUGCACCAUGGCAGGAGAGACUCAGCGAAUGCAUGCUGUCAAAGAGCUGGGCGCUGAGUCCAAACUGCAGGAUGAGGGGACAGCGAUGCAACAGCAGAGUGUCAAAACCACAAAGGAGUCUUCAGAGCACUUUUCAAGCGCAGACACCGACGCCAGAGCCAGCAGCAGAGGCCCCAAGCUUGACGAAGUAAAAAAGGAGUGCAACGGUUCUCAGCAGCGUGAGGCUGUAAUACGGCCACAGCAGGCUGGCAAGAUUGACUUCAGAUCAUUGCAGAACAGAUCAAAGUUUGCCAUUGACAGAACCUGGUCCAGUGGCAAAGGAAGUCCCCAAUCACCAAGUGGAAAGGGGCGUGGCAGAGAGAAGAACAAGCGCUCUGGAAAGUCAGAGCGCGUCAACCCACAGCACCUGUAUAGUCUCAGCAUCACCAACACUCGCGCCAACCUCAACAUUGGGAUUGCCUACCCACAGCAGAAGGUUUCACCAGCGACAAAACUGGACAACAGCCGUGGCCCAGUCCCAGGCAGCUACAGAUUCCACACUCCCAGCAUACCUGAGAGGGCGGUUGAGCUCCAGCAAGAAGAGCUCAACUACAGCCGUUGUUUCGAAGAGGCCUCCUCCAACCUUACCUCUCCAAGCUAUACCUCACAGGCACUGGGAUCUUCAAGUGGGACAUCGUCCCACCAACAUCCCCCCCUGUCACAGAAACAGCAGCCUGCCACGAUGGAGAACACCAAUGCACAGUCGGGCGGCCAGUUGAUCUUGACUGACUUUCAGCUGAGUGCCUCGAACACGUGGCAGUCUCCUGAGAGAACUUUUAAUGGUGCUAACUACGCUUCAUCGCAAAAAUCCACUGCUCAUACAGACAAGACAAAUAGCCUUGUGCCUGGCUCUUUUCAAUAUGGAUAUAAUUUUCUGGAGGAGUCAACCUCUGACUCUUUUCCCUGUGACCAGAACCCACAACCCCAAGACUUUACAGACUCCUCCCUCGGUUCUGUUCAUGGGACUCAUAAUUCAUUUUCCUUUUUGCCUGUAGAGGGGCCAAACCUUGCUCAAAACGGCAACAAGUUCAGUAAUGAACAGCAGCCGGAGCCCAGGCGCUCUUAUCCUCACACCCAGCAGUCACAGUUUAUUCAAGCCUUUACUCAGUGCCCCAGGAAUCUGAGCGAGGACUCGACCAGCAGUGACAGCUCCGCUUCCGUCUCGCAGCAGCCGGAGCAGGGCAAGAAUGAGAGCGCGGACGAUCUUGGACAGGUCGACGGUAAAGAUGCAGCCGUAGCCCCAGGGAGCACGAGGAACUGUCACCUGAAAGAUUCAACUGCCAACCAAAGGACACAAGCAAGUGUGCACCACACAAGAACUAUUCCACACACACAAAUGCACUUUCUCAGCAAAACUUUAAACAAUUCAACAGUCAAUCGUAUUCAAACAGGCGCAGUGCAAUUUGAUAAAAGCGGCAAUAAUCAUGUUUUAAACGGGUUACCACACUCGUGGGAGGGGCCUAGUAAGACAUGUUUACCAGUGGAGCAAAACUCAGUUCAGUACAGUGAUGUGACUGACAAGUUUCAGUUUCAGAAUCAGUCUCCACCUGACAAAAGGCUAAAUGUAUCUAAAGACAACAGAAUGCAGUGGCAGCAAUUGCGACCAGCGGCCGAACUGAGUUAUCAAAGCAAAGUAAGCAAUCAGAAAGUGCCCUACAUGGUUUCACCUUCUGAAUGGCAGGAUGACAAUAAAUCCCAUCCAAAUAGCUCGCUGAAAAUCCCCAGUUCUUUUCAAAGCAGCAGAAAUGGCGAAAGUUUUUCAAACCAAAGACAGGAGACUGUCAAACAGGUCUCCACCUUCAAAGUAGAAAUGAGUCACACGCAACUGUGUGAAUCAAAAAAUAAGGGUUUAUAUUUCGGGCUCAACCAAACGGUUCCCGUAUCGUCGGCGAGGAACUACACCUAUUCGCCACUGCAAGUUGCACCCAUGGGCCUUAUGAUGGUGUCGCCUCACGAUUCCCCUUUGCCCUCCCCGGCUCAUACUCCCGCAUCGAGUAGUACCUGCUCUUCCCUCUCGCCAACAUCCACCAGUCCAGUAAACAACAACUCUGAGGAUAGUCAGAUGUCAAAAUCAGGUGCCGCCGUCACGUUUUAUCACCAGCCCCAGUCCAAAACCCAGUUAGCUCCCGAUCACCUAAACGCUCACCCGCAUCAGUUUCAUGCCGAAGGUCAAAGAAACAUUCCUUAUGCGCCAGACAGAGACAAAGACAACAUGAUGGGCUACCUGCACAGCAGCGCGCACACAAAGACAACAAUGGAUGGGAGCAAAGGUUACAUGGACAGUUACGGGAUGGAGCAUCACCAGCCUCCCCCACCGUACUCUGCGCAUCAGCUGUUUGCCACCUCGUUAACCACCGCCAAUCUUGACCAGUUGGAUGUACUUUUGACUUGUAAGCAGUGUGAUCAGAAUUUCAGCAACGUCGCUUCAUUUCUUGGACAUAAGCAAUAUUGCACACAGCCCAACAUGCCAAAGAUGGAAGACAAUCGAAAGUUCCACACAGAACCAUCUAAAGCAGUGCCAUCGCCGCCAAAUGUUUCCAUGUCAAGAUGCCCUUCUGACCUUCAUCUAUCUCUUUUGGGCCUUAACAAGAAUGGAGAACUGAUGUCAGACAACGAAACAAAAGUUGACACCAAGGAUGAUCCAAUGAAACUUAACUUGUUCUCUGGCUCUGGCAACCUCCCUGUUCCUCUCCCUGAAUUGGAAAUGGAGGAUGCCAAGUUAGACAGCCUAAUUACAGAAGCUCUGAAUGGGCUUGGGUACCAGUCAGACAACGCAGAAAUAGACAGUAGCUUUAUUGAUGCAUUUGCUGAUGAUGAGCUCAACACCGUCAAAGCAACAUCCAACAAACAGUGCGUGAAAACAAAAGAAAAUGUCGGAGUUGAGAACAAAGACAAACAAGCAGCACUCGACAGCAGCUCACCCAGACAGGAAAGUUCCCUUUACGAGUCAGAUGUCGACAGCCCUCGGAGACAUAAAACAUAUGCCGACAAACGUGUGAAAACACCUCUGAAUUUUGAGCGUGAUCCGAAAAAAAACAACACCAAAAAAGAGACCCCCUCUAAAAAUCCCAAAACAGCCCCGAGGGAGAAGAUGAAGGAGCACGAGAGUAAAGUGAAAGCGUCAAGAAAGCUGUGCAAAAGUGACGACGAAAGCGCGACUACCCCAAGAUUUGUCUUAUCAAGCAGGUUCUCGGAACGCUGCGCUUUUAAAGGCUUUCAGGACAGAUCUGUGUCAAUGCCCAUCCAAACCUCCACAUCUCCAACCCCGAGGACUGCAGUGAAAGAGAGCAAGAGGAGAAGCACUGGGGGUGGCACAUGGAGCAAAGAACUCAUACAUAAAAUAGUCCAACAAAAAAAUAAGCUCAAUGUUAAAGGCAGCAAAAACCUCAAAUUUUCCUUAGUGAUGGAAAGACUGCCGCCCACUGUACAGAACCCUGGAUUCGGAGAGUACGACUAUGUUUCAGACUCAGACGAUGAAUGUGAGCCAGUAAAGAUAGCAAGCCAAGGCCGACUUAACCAAAGCAGUCGGUGUAAAUACACGUACAGCAAAGAGUGUAAAUGGCGAGCUCGCAGCGAGAGGGACCGAGCGGCGUGGCGGCAAGCCUCAAAAGAGUGCUUUGAGGUGAAGAAAAGUGAGGACAUUUCUCUUUCGCCUGAGAAACAGGGUUCCCCUCCGAGACUCAAGAGAAGGGGUAGCAGGUCCUCCACAAGCAGUGAACUCAGCACAUCUGUGAGUGUUUCAAGCGACAGCAUGAACAGCCCUAAAAGCAUUGAGCGCAUUGAAUCGGAUUCUGAGAGAAAGGCCGACAUUAAAAGAAAAGAAUGUCCCGUGCGAAAAAUCAAUGAAAGUUCCUCCCCACAGAAGUCAUGCAAUGAGACCAGUACACUGGCACUGACGUUCACUAAAUCUCCAAAUGCUGACAAAGACAAUCUCUUUGACAACGAAAAUAGGACGGAGAAUUCAACAAACUCAAUUCCGCAUGCAGAUAUUGUUGACUCGAUGCCAUCCUCAUCAGUCAUAGCUUUUGAAAAAGUAACAUAUGGCAGUAGCGAAUCAAUCGAGCCGAAGUCUAACGGCAAAGAAAAUAUCCCAACUCUCAGUUUGUGCACAAACACACUAGAAAGCACAGACAAUCUGUGCCCUAAAGAAGAACAAAGUCAGUGUGCCAAACCAUUGCCGUUUACGUCACACUCUCCCACGGGCCAGAAAGAAACAGAUUCCAGUGUUGACAAAGGUAAAAAAGGCAAAAGAAGACAGAGGGCUCGCUCCAAACAGGCAGAACUGUCAGGCAGCACGACGAUUGCGAAACAGAGUGACAGUGUGCGGACGGCAAAGGAGGCUAAGACUUUGGUAAAUGAGCUCGACAUGCACAAGCCAGCAUCUCUUUGCACCUCACUGAUUGAUGAAGUGUGCCUUUCACCAACUCAAAGCCAAGGUCCCUUGAUACAAAAAGAUGCACUCCACCUCAUGCCCUACACCCUGGAUCAGGAUCAGGGUCUCAUGAAGUCCCCUCUUACAUUUGACACUUCGUCAAUGUUUGGUGACCUAGCAGCAUUCGACAGUGGACUUUACUCUGACAUGCCGAUUCAGAAAGAAGGCUUCCAUUCAUUAGAGAAUACAGUGGACAAAAAAGAAGAAUUAAUGCCCUCAUUUUCUCCUUUUCUGGAACAAAGAGAUUGGAACCUCAUCGUAAGCCCAGUUCUACCGGAUGAGAUUUCACAGUACAAAGGCAAUUUUGAUAAAUGCAACGAAAAGAAAUCCGAUUACAACGAUGUGGCUUUGUCUCUGCCAGAAAAAAUAAUUGACUACAGUGCAAAUCUUAACAGCUGCGCCUCUGAGGAUGAAUUGGAAAUAAAGCGAAUCGUGAACGAGCUUGAAAACCAGCUGCAGACAACCAAGCUGGAAACCCCACUCACCCAAGAGGACUCCAAGCAGCUGCAAAUGAGCAAGUUCUCGCCCUUACGACUGAGUGAAGACUCUGAAAAUGAUACCAUGGAUGCUCGAGUGGCUUCAGAGCCCUUCGCUGAACCGGAACUUCCAUGGACCAGUCCAUUCCACUUCAACCUAGUGAGUGGACACCACAAUCCCCACGAUAGUAUUGACAGUGAGCCAGGAGGCCUUGAGCAUUAUGCCAAAAAAGAAGGUGACGCUUCAGAUGCAUUAAUCAUGACCUCGCAAUUCCAUAAUGACCGCACGCCAGAGGAGAGAAAUCUCAAAAAAGACAUUGCCGAUGACACAAAAGAGGAGAAUGUCUUAGAACAGAGCCGAUACACAGAAAACCUGAUGAAAAAUAUUGAGGUCAUGUCUGACUCUCUCUUCAAAAGUGAAUCUCUUGUAUCAGAACACAGGGAGCCAAAUGCCACCUCUCUCACAAGUCCACAACAAGAAAGUGAGAGUCAUUCAGCUAAGGAAAAAUAUCACAGCGAGAAGGAGGCAAUUACUGAGAAGCAGCAUAUAUUUUCACCUUCAAGUGUCAAGGAGCAGAAGGACAAUAUUGAAUUCAUUCUCAAAGAGUCGCAGUCAUCGCUCCCUCACAGUGCUGACCACAUAGUCUAUGUAAAGCAGUCGAUUUCAUCAGAGCCAAGCGAACCCACCAAAAACAGCAUUAGCGAGGCCAAAAUGGAAUUAAUUUCAGAUGGGCGUGAACCUGAAAUGAAAACGCUGAUUGAAUCUUCUCAUCGCUCAAACGUGGUGGAUGCACAUGCAAAUGAGGACACGGCCACAGACAAAAAUGUGAAUCGGUCACGCCAGAAUUGUAACGACCCACCGCUUUUGACAGAAGAAGAGGCACACGUUCCUUUAUCAGCGACUCUCCUUAAAUCCAAUCUAGACAUUCACAAGUCACCAGAAGAUGCGAUGGCCGGUGGUAAUGAAUUGACAUCUGAGCACGCCAAACGUUCUGUUGAGAACAAACAUUGUUUAGUUGACAUUCACAAUGUUAGCCCAAAUCCUGACUUAUUAGUGGACCUACUCACCACAGAUAAGCCCUGCAGCCCAAUUCUGGUAGAAAGCAACACAGAAAGUCCCCAGAACAGCUUAACAUUUCAAGACAUCCAAGCUAUCGGACAAAACAGUCUGUUAGUUCUUCGCCAGAUGGAAAGCCUCAAUAAUACCGACGCCACGAGAUAUCCCUGCGAGGCUCCUCAAGUUCAUGACUCUUUGAAAAGUGAAUCAAAUCUGUCAUUUAAUGUCAUUCAUAAAAAAGAGGAUCUUUUAGAUGUUCACGACAUCAGAGAAGAUCUACCUGUGGACUUCAUGGCAAGCAACCUGAACUCACCCUGCAGAGACGAAGUAGAGCGACAUCACUGCAACUUUCUACACAGCUCUUCACCAGUCAGCCCAAUUUUAGCACAACAUCAGGAAAUGGACAAACUGGAAAACCCAUGUAAUAGCUCUGUUGACCCGAGUCCAAUUCAAAGAUCAGGAUUACCUGGUGCCAAGUCUGAAUACCCAAAGGAGGUGAUGGACUGUGACGUAGCCGUAAAGACAACGGUCGAGAUGAACUGUUCUUUAACUAGCCCACCGCACCUUGAACUUCCUAAUUCUGACACCAAUUUUCCAGCUCCUGUGCCCAGCAGAGUCGAGCAGUCAAAAAGCUUUGACAAAUGCAGUUCUCAUGAUUUCAAGCUCAGUCCUCUGAAUUACAAAAACAACUCAGAUGAGCCUCCACAACUGACUCAGUUCGACUACAUACCAAUAUCGCCAGCGAGCAAAUUGGAUGACAAUCCCUUUCUAAAAGCGGGUCACGGUGAUGAUCAUGAGGAAUGCUUUACGCCAACAUUGGUUUUCAACAAGGCACCCACUGACACCACAGUGUCGCUGAACCAAGCUGAGGCAAAUAAAAUAAGUUCACUAAAUGAACCACUCGCCAUACAAGACAUUUGUUUGGGACUUUCAGCUGAAAUGCAAAGCACAGAUUCUCCAGCUGGUAUUGUAAAUGAAGAUGUGGAUGUCAAGCCCGAUCCCUGUGAAUCUAUCAAAUUGCCUCUUCGAAAGCUUGAAUCACCGUUAGCAGUAGAAGAGCGCAGUCUACUUCCCAUUCAAGACAUUUCAGGUUGUCUCCUCACCCCUAAGCCACUUGGCGAAAAUAGACCAUCGUUGGAAUCUGGUCAGUGCUUGAAAAAGGAAACCUCACCAAAAAAGGCUCAGAAUAACCUUCAGCAGGGGAAAGUACUUUGUGAAAUCUGCUUACUGUGUUUCAGGACUGUGCCAGGUCUGAAAAGACAUAAGGCCAUGAAACAUUCAGCCAGAAGUGUAAAGCCUAUUGGCCCACCAAACACAACAUCAGGCAAUCAGGGGAUGACGCUUAUUUAUGAAGCAUCACAAACUGGAGAGAAGGAACAUAAAGAUGACUCACAGCCCUCCCCGGCCCAAAUAGCUGAGAUGACAGAGACCGGUACCGCCUUAAUAUUGAACGUUUCGGCGAAUGAGUCAGCCACAAAGGAAAUGGCAGCCGAGACAACUGCAGUGGCAGGGGUCGGAACGGGCAAUCAAACCUCUCUGGUGCCUACGAAAACAAAAAAGAACAGCAAAGCUCGCAAGAACAAAAGUAGUGAAGAAAACUCAAAGCUUGACCCGUUCUCAGAUGAGCUUUUGAAUAUAUUAAAAACAGACCUCCUUCAGGCUAUAACUCCUGAGUUUAAGAGCAGUGUGCUGCUGGAGCAAGAGCAGCCUGACAGACAUGGAACUGGAACAGAGCAAACACUUCUCAGUUUGACUUCAAAUUCUGGCUCUGAGAAUACGUCCCAAUCUCCAACUGGAGAGACAAAUGUUCUCAGUGAAACUGCAGGAUUCAAUCGAGUCACUGAUACAGACAAGAGUUUAUGCGCAGACCUGAGUGAGGAGGUGACAGAGGACAUAUCUGCAAAUAACAGUCCAUCGAUUGAGGACAAUAUGAGCGCAAAACACCACACAUACAAAAAGAGCACGUGUGCUGCUUCGGAUGAGAUCAAUGAAAACGCACAAUCAAGUGAGAACCUCGCUCAAGAGAUUCUCAGAAAAGUAGCGGUGGAGGUCAACUGUGAGCUGAACGGCAUCUCGUCAGACAAGCUACAUCCACUCGCUUGUUUGACUCCGCCUCCUCCCGGCACAAGUCCUGAUCUAAAAGCCUUACUUGACGAUGACACCAUAUUCUCGCAAUUGUUUCCGAGAGACGCAGAAGCAAAACGAAAAAAGUGCCCGCGAGUGUAUGGAAAAAGAAAUAAAAGACAGAAGCUUUUAUCUGAUUCAGAUGUCGUUCACGACUGCACCCCUCCCCCAGAAACACACACAGCAACCCCUCACUUGGAGAGCCAACCCAGUGACCACCACACAACCCCUUGUGAAUACGAGACUAUAUCCAUUAAUGAUACCAUCAUGUUAAACAUGUGUCAUAACAGUGCACCGAAGGUCCCUGACGUGAAGACAGUGUCUGACGGUAAACAAAAAGACCAAGAAGACCUCCAAGACGACCUUUUGAAUCCGUUUCAAAGCACUGUUGAUCAAGCUUCUUAUGAGUGGAGUAAAGCUCAGGAUUUCAGUGUCCUUAAUCCAGACUCCACGGUGACCUCCGAGCCGAUCACCAGAAACGCAGAGGUGUCAAACCCAUCUUGCUCUCCGCCCCAGCAGGACGAUGUCGCGGAGAGUGCUCAUAACCUCCACAUUGACAUUCAAAACAUCAACACCACCUUUCAACUACCCGAAAUUCAGUUCUUUGACUCUAGCAAAGAUGUCUCUGUGUCUCCCCCCAUUGCAAGCGGCAACAUGGAAAACAAGGAUGAUGAAAAGACUAAAAAGCUAACGGAGCGACGAGGUCGAAAGCGACAAGAAGGUGGAAAAAAGGUUAAAGAUAAGCAGUACAAGUGCAAAGUGUGCUUCACUUGGUUUCUCACUCUUGGCGAGCUCAACUUUCACAAGUUGUCCCAUAAUCCAUCACCGCCGCCAACCUGCUACAUGUGUGUCCAACGCAAGUUCAGCUCCAGGGAGCAGUUGCGAGACCAUUUAUGGGAGAAGCAUGCAAAGAACAAGACCGGGAUUUGGACCUGCGGAAUGUGCUUGAAGGAGAUCUCGGACGUGUGGAUGUACAAUGAGCAUUUGCGUGAGCACGCCACUCAGUUUGCUCGUCGGGGGCAGACUCAGGGCUCCAUGUUGACCAUUCCCGGCUGCUUCAUGCAGGAAACAGCCGUGAAGAACUUCAUCACCUCUAUCAUGCAGCACCGGCCUAGCAAAGCCAACCGAGAGUCCAGCAAAGCCACGAGAGAACAAGAACAAACUGCGAGCAGCAACCUGGAGGCAAGCAAAACCCCAGAAGGGGCUGAGCGAAAGCUCCACAAGUCUAAAGGCAGUGGCGGAGGCGGCAGCAAGAACACACUGACCCCACUCGAGGUCCUUCACAAAACGGAAGCGCCUAAAAAUGUGGAGAUGCAUCCCAACUGCAAGGACCCCUCCAGAGACUGCCACCACUGUGGGAAGCGGUUCCCGAAACCCUUCAAACUUCAGCGGCAUUUGGUGGUCCACAAUUUGGAGAAGAUUUUCCUGUGUCACAAAUGUCCCGUGUCUUAUCAAGAGGCCCAGGACCUGAAAGAGCAUCUGAAGGUCGCACACAAGGAAGCGGACGAGCUAGACUCCAAACACACAACGCUUUACACUUGUGAGCUGUGUGCUGAUGUCAUGCAUGUGAUUAAAAAGUCUUUCAUCUGCAGCACCUGCAACUACACCUUCUCGAAGAAGGAGCAGUUUGAUCGCCACAUGGAAAAGCACCUGUCAGGGGCCAAUAAAAUCUUCAAAUUCCGAGGUGUCCACAGGCCUGCCAAGGCAUCUCUCUGCCAAGACGAUGAAUGUGAUUCCCCCGCAAGUAAAAAAAGAAGGAUUUUCUCCGACAGUCUGCUGGAGAAUAGCACAGACAGUGGCAUUGCCAGUGUGGGCUCGCUGCAUCUAAAUCAAGCCUCAGAAACACACACUCCCAAAGCCAUCGUGCCCAUGUUAGAUGACUCCACACAGACGGCCACAAAUGACUACCACAGCGAGACAAACAGCGCAAAUGUGAAGACUGAGGACAUUGCUGAGGACUACUCCGAUCUCUUGGUAGAGCUGGAGAAAUGUAUUUCCAUGAGCUCCUCGUCUGCUGCCCCCAAGGAAGAGGAAAUUGACAGGACACCCACGGCUCAUCUCGACCAAAAAUGUGAUGGAGAAUCGACGACUGAAGCGUGUGACGUGAAAGAGGAGAAUGAGUCGGUGUGCAUUAGAGUGGAGACCCCCCAGUGGUCAACAAGUAGUGAGAGGGAGGAGACAACUCAAAUGAAUGACAUCGCAGCUUACGGCGACACACAAACGAGUGAUUCGCUUCCACCUAGCAAAGACCCUUUGAGCAGCUCGAGAGAACAAGUCACCGCAAAGACACCCGGGUCACAGCUAGCAGCUGAUGCGAUGACCGAGAAUUCUACACACAGAGCUGUCAGCAAACAACAAGCUUCAUUUCAUGCGGCGGAGCAGAAGGACAAAGUUAGAACAAGUGACAAUGCUAAAGCCAGUAUGAAGGCCACAGAAUCAACGCAGGUCUUCCCGUCCAAGACUUCAGCCACAUCAUCGUCAUCAAACGAGGAGAAAGAAUCUCCGAGAGCGCAAAAGAAGAGGAAGGAUGCAAAAUCCCCGCACAGCCUGCAGAGAGUUUCCUUCCCAGCAACUCAGGAGAACGUGAGCAUGGACUCAAGGUGCAAAAAGAAGUACCACCCCAGCAAGGUUUUGAAUCCUUCCACGGCGAGAAAAUUUGACAGCCCCAACGACUACCCCGUUCUCUCGUCGGUGCGGGAUGACAUCGUGAGCAACAAACUCAUAUCCAAGUGCAAGACAUCGCCCUUGGGGUUGCAGUUAAAACGAAGUUUGCUUGAUAGCUGUUCACCAAAGAAAACGGACAUUGCAGCCCCUCUUAACGGAGAUUACAAAAGCAAAAAGGGAACUGUGGGGCGCACGUCCAUUUCCAAAGUGUCUUCUGUCCCCAUGACCAAUUCCUUGAACAAGUCCAGGCCAAAGCUGGGGGUGAGGUCUGUAGAGGGCCACUCCUACAGGACAGCAGAGUCCCAAAACCACCUCCUAAGCCAGCUGUUUGGCCAAAAACUCACAAGCUUUAAGAUUCCUUUAAGGAAGGACACGUCCGAAUCUAUUAACUGAGCAGACAUUGAGGGACCUGUGAAUGAAAAAGUUACCAUUUCACAGUUCUUCCAAUUUGAUUUUUAAUUCAAUAUGGUGAAUGAGAUUGCACAGCUCUUUUCUGUGAAAUGCCUUCUUAAAUACGUAGUCACUUUAUGUCGUCUUUGUACAUGCGCUUGUAUCACACAAAUGUGAGGACAAAUGCCAAAUAUGAUAUAUAAAUGAAAAUGCUAUUCAGAGAAAUCUUUUCUGCUUUUGCUUUUUUAAAUAUAUAUAUAUAUAUAUAUUAUCUGUUCCAGAGAUUAUAUUUCAGAUGUUUAUAGAAAAAGAAAAAAAGAAUACUUGAAAAGUCAAAUACAUCCUUUUAAGAAAUGCAUGUUCAUUUUGCAUUCAUCACAUGGUCUAACCCGUGUACGUCUUUCUUGGCAACGGACCAACCUGAUGUAAUUGUUGACCUGGAUUAUUGUCUUUGUACAUGCUUCCAAUGUAUUGUUGUGUAUUCUUGUAACAUUACUGCACUGCAUUCUAUUAGGCUCUUGUAUAAACGUUACAUGGUGCUACGUUGUGUUUUAUUGUAAUGUGAAUGCCAAUGUCCUCAGAAGGGAACAUGAGACCUGUAGCAGUUAUACAGCACGUUGAUCCCAUUGCGUGCUUCCUGGUUCAUUCGAGAUACUGUGUAAACUCUCCAAGUGCUCCAUCUGUCGGCUGUUCCAACACUACGUUAGGAAAGAUUCCGUUGUUUGAACUCAGGUGCGUACAAGGGCUUCGCCGGCCUUCCACCUGUAUUCGGAGUUCUUCCCAUGCACUGAUAAUAUCAAACACUCUCUCCCACAUACACACCACAAACACAAUCAUCUGUGGCGGCAACUCCAAACUGUUUCAUACUGAAGAGUAUUUACUUGGACAACAAAAGGUGCUUUAUUUUGUUUAUACUGUACGUAUGUAUCUUGUUUUGUAUAGUAUUGUAGCUAGGUCAACGUCUGUGUAAUGCUUCAUGUCAAAGUUUUAUUUUGAUAAUGUGCAAAAGAAUGACAAGAAAGGGAAGUGCAUCUGUGCAGUCGGUUGCCUCGUGCAAGCUGUAAAGUGGAUCACCAAGUGCCUAUUUUAUAGUUGUUAUUAAAGAUCUGUAUCGAUC